ACAGAAGAAGAAGAAGAAGUAGAAAGAAAAUUCGAGUUCUGCCAUCUUCUGUCAGUGUGCGAUACAAAAUAAAUCUCGUACGACUGUGAUUGGUGCUGAAUAAGUGUAUGAAUAAGCAUUCCACAAGCACACUGGAUUUGAGUUUGAUACACAAUUGUUAAGAAUAUGACUUGCACAGAGGAAGCAGAAGCACAAUUUGCAGAGAUAGAUCUGCUAUUAAGUAUGUUUCCGAGUGAAGAAGAGUUACAAGUUGAUGAGCUUUCCCAUGCUGAGCUCAGGGCUUAUGUGGAGGGCACAGCUCAUACUCCUCCCAGCAUCAGACCCCAAUUCAGCAUCAAGCUGAAGGUGGAGAACCCUCCAGUGAGCAUUACAUUGCUGUGCACAUACCCAACUGACUACCCAAAAGUGUUGCCAGAUAUUGCUGUCAGAUGUUCAGUGCUCACCAGAUCACAGCAGAUGAUGCUUCACUCCAACCUCAACACCUACCUUUCUGAAAACUGCAUUGGUGAUGUGUGUAUUCUUUCUGCUGUGCAGUGGAUAAAUGACAAUGCACAAGCAUAUAUAACAAAAAGUGUCCCUGUCAGCGAUCUGAAGAAGGAAGAUGUUUUGAUGAUGUCAAAAAAGAUUUUCACUAGACUCUGGAUCUAUAGCCAUCACAUCUACAAUAAGAUCAAGAGGAAGAACAUUUUGGAAUGGGCAGAGGAGAUGAACCUUUCUGGGUUCAGUAUGCCAGGAAAGCCUGGUAUUGUGUGUGUGGAGGGUCAGCAGUCUACUUGCAAUGAGUUCUGGGCCAGGGUGAAAGUUUUAACAUGGAAGAGAAUUACGAUUCGUCACAGAGAGGAUGUCCCUUUUGACAACACCUGGACAGAGAAGAGAACUGACUCUCUCCGCAAAUUUACUGGCUUUCAUGAAGUAAGUUUUGACACUCAUGGGACCAGAGGAAACCACAUGGACCUUGGACAGCUCUAUCAGUUUCUUAGUGAAAAAGGAUGUUCUGAUAUCUUUCAAAUGUACUUUGGGAUUGAGGGGAGAUAACAGUUUGUGUGUGUAUUAGUUUUGAUUUUGCCUUCACAUUUUAGGCUUAAUUUUGAAACAAACUCUUUAAAAGAUUAAACUUUAGAUCAUGAAUGCAGUUAAAUUAACAGACAACCAAUUGUAAAUGUAGCUGCAAGGAGUGAUUACUAGUGUUCAAAUGCUUUAAGGCAUUUUAAAGGUGGUUUCCUUAAUGGAGAGUAAGCCUUGUUCUAGACUAAAAUGGCCCUUAAAACCAGAUUAACAUAAAUCUGCUUUCUCUGUCAUGAUUUUAGUUAAUUUUAGACUUAAUAUAGUCCAGAAUUUAAUAGGCUGAUUUUCUGGAGGAAGACUAGAGCUACUUCAGGACUAAAUUGAGGCUUAAAUUAAACCCACCAGGAUGCAUUGAUUUAAGAUUUAUGUUGUGUAUUCAGUCUUGAUAUAUCUACAAUAUUGACACAUGAACAAAGAAGCCUGUGAAAUUAAA